GGCGGUUGCCAUGGAGACGGCGUCGCCCCGGGGAAGGAGCGCGGCCGCCGCCAUGAGCUCGGAGCGGGGCCCGGCGCUGCCCUUCCUGCCGGGCUGCGCCUUCAGGGACCCCACGAAAACAUCCUUUCAUCGCUCUCAGACCCUGGGCUACAAAAAUGGCUUUGCCUUUUCUCGGCUGCCAACAGUGGGGAUCGGCGGGGAGCGACUGCACGUGAAUCAGCUUUCGCAGGCUGAAUUAGAUGAAUUAUCCAACACGAGACCCGCGCUGACCUACGGGCAAGCCAGGCAGGCUCCUCCUUCGGACUUCAUUCCAGCACACGUGGCUUUUGACAAAAAGAUUUUGAAGUUCGAUGCCUAUUUCCAGGAAGAUGUUCCUCUCUCUACAGAAGAGCACUACCGUAUUCGCCAAGUGGGUAUCUAUUACUAUCUGGAAGACGACAGCAUGUGUGUCAUAGAGCCUGUUGUGAAGAACUCUGGUCUCCCUCAAGGCAAACUUAUCAGACGCCAUCGCGUGCCCAAGAAUGACCGUGGGGAGCAUUACCACUGGAAGGACCUGAAUCGGGGCAUGGACAUCACCAUGUAUGGCAGGACGUACCACAUAGUCGACUGUGACCCGUUCACCCAGGUGUUCCUGGAGAGCCAAGGAAUUGAACUGAACCCUCCAGAGAAAAUGGUUUUUGAUCCUUACACAGAAAUGCGUCGGAUGCCCAUGCGCAUGUACAUCACACCAUCAGAUUUCGACCAGCUGAAGCAGUUUCUGACUUACGACAAGCAGGUCCUUCGCUUCUAUGCCAUGUGGGAUGACACCAACAGCAUGUUUGGUGAGAAUCGGCCUUACAUCAUACAUUACUACUUGGCAGAUGACACGGUGGAGGUUCGGGAGGUCCACAAGCACAACGAUGGCAGAGACCCAUUCCCAGUACUGAUAAAACGCCAACGCUUGCCCAAAACCUUUGUGGAGAAGAAAAAGACCUUCCCAAGCUGUGUGCUGGAAAUCUCUGAUCAGGAGGUACUUGAGUGGUACACAGCUAAAGAUUUUGCUGUUGGCAAAUCCACCACCCUCCUUGGACGCACUUUCUUCAUCUACGAUUGCGAUGAGUUCACACGAAACUUCUAUCGUGACAAAUUUGGCAUCACAGACUUCCAACCAGUGGAGAUAAAGGAAAAAUCACCUGAGGAAGUGCCCCAGGUAAUUCCUCCCUAUAAUGGUUACGGCUUCCUUGAAGACUCUCUUCAGAACUGCUUUUCUCUGUUUCCAAAGCCUCCCCGGAAAGAUAUAAUUAAGAUGCUAGAGAACGACCACAAAGUGCUGCGAUACCAGGUGGCCCUGGAGUCACCAAACCCCGAGGACAGAAAGCGCCGUUUCAUCCUCUCUUAUUUCCUCUCCAAUGACAUGAUCAGCAUCUACGAACCCCCAGUCCGUAACUCCGGCAUCAUUGGGGGCAAGUACUUAGGAAAGACCAGGGUCGCCAAACCAGGCUCUACUACAGACAAGGCCACGUACUACGGGCCCUCUGACUUCAUCAUAGGUUCUACGAUUGAAGUGUUUGGCCACAGGUUUGUUAUCACUGAUGCUGAUGAAUACGUGCUUAAUUACAUGGAGAGCAAUGCAGAGAGCUUUCCUGCAGCAACACUGCAGUCCCUGAGGGAUCAUUUUCGCCCACGGCAGGUGGUGGAGGAGACUGCCAAAAGUGAUGUCCCUGCACUAGGGACCAGCCAGCAGGAACUGGAUGAAUUAAUCGUGCGGGUUCAGGAAGAGCUGAAGCUCCAUAAUUACUUGAACAACAGCAGCAUUCGGGAGGCGUUUCUUCAGUGUGACAAGGACGACUCUGGUGUCCUCGACAAAGCAAAAUUUUUCUCUCUUUGCAACAGCUUAAGCGUGCCGACCAAUGCCGUCCUGGUUAACAAGCUUAUUGACCUAUGUUCUUGUGGAGAGGACAAGAUAAAUUACCGUGACUUCCUCAGAGCCUUCCCCUCGUGAAGCUGAAGCACAAGACCAGCAGUAAUAUCCUUAGCUGAGUUGACUGGAAGACAUCAUACUUCAAAAAGGAUGCUCUAGUUUUCACUGUUGCUUCACUUACUCUUCCCCUUCCCUCCUUACUAAUUUUGCCCUGGCUUGGUUAACUUUUUUCUUUCCCAACCUCUCCCUGCCCUUUUUGCUACCACCAAACUCAACCUCAAAACUGCUGGAUAUUGAAAUGAAACUCACAGGAAAAAAGUUUUGGAGAACCAAAAGCCGGGUUCUUCAGUUGGCCCCUCAACUUUUCCAUGCUUGUACUAGCAAGCAAGGCUUGCUAGAACAAAAGAUCUCUAAAGCCUGGAGUGAUGAGCACUCUGGAUUUCUCUUACAGAGUUGAAAGGUGCCUUUCACCUUCAAGCAGUGACAACUGCCAGUUUAAUUUUUUAUUUGCAUUGCAAGAAGACCUAAGAGCCCUGCCAUGGACCACAAUAAAACUCAUGCUUGCUAGUCUGAAUGUAAGCAAGUCACGUAUGGCUGCUAUAGUGUUAACAAGUCCCCUUUAAAUAAAUGUACCUCUAUGCCUCGAGUAGCUAA